AUGCUGCGAUCAACCUGGACGUAUUUUGGUUUGGGUGCUCUGGUGGGAGCUGCGCUCUUUUGGGUCUCCGAUUCGAGUGGCUGGUUGGUCACACCCGGCCUGGGCGACGUGGCGGAGGCCCCGCUGGCACCACGCGAGGAGCGCAUCGAAGGCUCCAGGCCAGCUUCAAGUGCCGUGCAAGAACAGAGCAGCACACGCCCACCCACCAGCACCACAAGCAGCUCUGGAUUGACCACAACAAGCAGCGAUCCCGUUUGCGAACUGCCGCUGUGUCAGCUGCACGAACGAAGUGCACCACAGCUUUUCAUCCUGGAGCACACGGACGGGGCUGGGCACCGGAUGAAAUCCAUCCUGGAAGCUAUGGCCAUUGCGUGGCGCAACAAGAUGAACUUUGGGGGGCUUGGUCGGUCAACUCCAGCCCUUGACGGACCAGCACAUCAACUUCCGUGUCAUCUCCGACGCCAUCUUUGGAGAAGAGGCCUCGAAAGACCUCUACAUCUACAACAUCAGCAACAAGCCCCGUUGGGAAGGCGUCUUUGA